GCGGGGCGGGAACGGAAGCGCCCUUCCGUCGGCGUGGCCCAGCCUGCGCUCCAGGCCGAAAUCAAGCCCUGAGCCCCUGGCGUGGGGCGUGUUCCCCGCCCGGGCCUGCCUGGCCUCGUCCCAGAAUCCGGUUUUGUUUGUUUUACGACCAAAUUCGCCUCCGUUCUUGUUUCUCUCCCUGACCGUAGCCGUGUCAGUGUGUUAUGAUGCCAUCUCGCACCAACCUGGCUGCUGGAAUCCCCAGUAGUAAAGUGAAAUACUCCAGGCUCUCCAGCACCGACGAUGGCUACAUUGACCUUCAGUUUAAGAAAAGCCCUCCUAAGAUCCCAUAUAAGGCCAUCGCUCUCGCCACCGUGCUGUUCCUGAUCGGCGCCUUUCUGAUUAUCAUUGGCUCUCUCCUGCUCUCAGGCUACAUCAGCAAAGGGGGGGCAGACCGGGCCAUUCCCGUGCUGAUCAUUGGCAUUCUGGUGUUCCUGCCAGGAUUUUACCACCUGCGCAUCGCCUACUAUGCAUCCAAAGGCUACCGUGGUUACUCCUACGAUGACAUUCCAGACUUUGAUGACUAGCACCCACCUUAUCCCUGCAGAGGAGUUACAGUGGGACCGCACUCAGCUCUGAGCUGCUGAGGAGAAACUGUGGCUGAGGGAGAAGGCAUUCUGCAGCUUGCAGAGGUUUAACAGCCGAUGGCCAGGUUUCCUGAGUCUGUUCCAGAAAUGCCAACUGCGUUUACAGUUAGCUAAUUAGGACAUGCUGUCUUUUUCAUCUCCUGGCCCUGGCAGAAGCUCCUGACAAGUUUGUCCAUGUGAACGUGGAUUGUGGAGGAAGAGCAGCGUUACCUGGAAACGCACGAGGUUGUGCUUUAAUGGAAAAUGUUGUGCCCCCACUCUUCAGGGUUGAGCUUUUCUUUUCAGUAGUCUUCAUCCAAUUUGUUCUUGUAGCAAUGGAAGAAUUUAGUAUGCCUAAUUUCCUUCUACUAUAUAAUUUAUUUUUAAAUACCUGGAUAUCAUAUCCCUGGUACUUAUCUCUGUCUUCAUGCUCUAGUGGAAGACCUUGGCAAAAUCAGAUACCAAGAAAGGUCCAUCUGUCAUAUUUUUUUCUUAAUGACAGCAGCCAGAAAUUUUUUUAGACAACAGGUUUUCAGAAUGUAAACACUUAGUAUCUGUUUACCAACCUUUGACCAGCUACGAUUUGGUUCCCCAGUAAGUCAGCUGACUUAAUUUGGAGCAUUCUGUGCUUAUGGAUCAGAAUGUUUGUAUAUCAUGCCUUUACAGAGAGAGCUUUUGGCUGCUUCCUCAUGAAAACUAGGGAUAAGUGGUUACCCUUUAGAGUUGCUGACUCUGUUGCUACCCUCUUAUAUGAAGCCAUUCUGCUAACGCUGGCCAAACUCAGCCAACAUUAGCAGAGGCUGGGUUGCCUUGGGUUGAUUCUGUUUCUUAGCUUGCAAAAUGUGACUUCAAAACAAAUUAAAAUGUCCAAAUCUC